AUGGCAAAUUCAUUUGAAAAUGAUUUCGACCUCAACGAUGUUGCGGACAAUGUUAUGAAUGUAUUUCUUGCCUUUAAGAAAAAGAAUGAAGAGAAGGAGAAUAAAAAAGAAGAAGAUGAAAGAAAAAAAGAAGAAGAUGAAAGAAAAAAAGAAGAAGAUGAAAGAAAAAGAAAAGAAGAUAAAAAAAGAAAGGAAGAAGAAAAGGUUCAUAAUAAAACGGGAGAAUCAUUUGAAAAUCUCGUCGAUUUAGACAAUUUUGCGGAAAAUGUCUUAAACAUUUAUCUCGCAAACAAAAACCGUGAGGAGGAUCACGAGAGGAAUGAUACCAAUAACAUUGUUAAUAAGGACAGCAAGAAAGCUAUCAAAACGACGGAUAAAUCAUUAGAUUUAUCCGUCGUCAUCCAACAACAGAACAGAAACAAGGGCGUAUUGAAACAUAAACCGGGUAACAAGAGGAUGAAGCCUGAAUCAUGGUUAGACGAUUUGCCAGAACAACAUUCACAAAAACAGCAACAAACUCAUCAACCACAACACAAACAAGCAAAUAUACAACAGCAACAACAGUUUCAACUACAACAACAACUUCUACAAGAGAAGGCUAAAGUAGAAAAUUUUUCGUGGUUCGACAAUUCGGAAUCGUUGACGAAUUAUGAUAUUCAGUCAGCUAAAGAAGAACAACAAACUCAACAGCCACAACACGAACAACAUAACAAACAUGCACAACAAAAACUACAACAACAACAACUUCAACAAAACAGAGAGAAAGACAAAAAAGAAGAUUUUUCGUGGAUAAAAGAUUUACCGGAAGAAUUAAAUUAUUGUUUCCAGCCAAGCGAACAACCACAACACGAACAACACCAUGAACAAGAACAGCAAGAACAGUUUCAACUACAACAACUACAAGAAAAAAACUUUUCGUGGUUCGACGAUUUACCGGAAGCAUUGACGAUUUAUGAUAUCCAUUUGACAAAUUAUGAUAUCCCGUCAGCCAAACAACAAGCUCAACAGCCACAACACAAACAACAUAACGAACAUGUGCAGCAUCAACUUCAACAAGAGCAACAACUUCAACAAGACAGAGUCGAGGAUAAAAAAGAAGAUGCUUGUUGGUUAGACGAUAUGCUGGAUGAGUUGAUGAAAUAUGAUGACCAGCCAGGACAACAACAACAAAUUCAACAACCACAACACAAACAAUAUAACGAACAAACUCAAAAACAAGAACAACAACUUCAACAAGAGCAACUUCAACAAGGAAGAGUGAAGGAUAAAGAAGAAAAUAUGCUGGAAACGUGGACGAACUGUGAUAACCAGCCAGGAAAAAAUUCACAACAACAACAAACUCAACAACAACACAAACAAGCACAUAUACAACAGCAACAACAACUACAACUACAGCAACAAAAAAAUCAACAGCCACAACAACAGCAGAAAGUGGAGGCAGAAAAAGAACAACCACGGCUUCAGCAAACACUUAUCCGCUACCAAACACAACAAACCAAGCUAAAAAUUGAAAAACCAUGCACAGCAAGUAAUUUGCUGGAUGAUAUAAUAGAAGUAAUAACUGAUGAUUCAAAGCAAGAAUCAAGAUUACAACAGCUACAACGACCUCAGCAGCAUCAACAACAACAAACACAAACUACAUACGUCUCAUCACAACAAACCUUACAAUACGCAAUAACAUCCAAACCUAAGCAACACUCUCAACUGAUAACACUCAAUCUUCAACCACAACAACAACCAAUCCAAAACAUGGACACAUCACAACAAGAAACUCCAAGCACAAAAAACAUUCAAACAUUGAAGCGAAAACAACCUACACCAACACAAAAUCUCAAUGCCAAGCAACAGUUACUAAACACGCCAAACAUUCUUCAGCCAUCACACCAGCUUCAACAACCAACCGAGAACAUCAGCAAUUCCAGCACAAGCAGCAUCAACAACAACAACUUUUGCAACAGCAGCUGCAACAACAAAAGAUUCAACAACAAAAGAUUCAACAACAGCAACAACAAAAGAUUCAACAACAACAGCUUCAACAACAACCGGUUCAACAGCAACAUGUUUUUCAACAGCAGCUUCAACAACAGCAGCUUCAACAACAGCAACUUCCGCAACAACAGCCAACAAGACAGAUCUUAUAUCUGCAACCCAAAAAUGUUCCAAAUAAACAGCAAAGAUUACAGCCACAACAACUCCAAUCUACACAACAGCAACUUCAGCAACCGCAGCUUCAACAAUCUCAGAUUCAACAUCAGCAGUUUCAACAACAGCUUCAGCAACAGCAUCUUCCGCAACAACAACUUCAACAACACCAUUUUCAGCAACUACAACAACUUCAACAACAGCAAUUUCAAGCCACAUCAACAAUCCAAUCGCAAACACAACGUUUGCCGCAACACACAUACAACCUACCUCAAACUAACCAACAUCAUUAACAAUAGCAUCAACCAUUACAUCAACGACUGCAACUGCAACAAUGGAUAUGACGUCAAAAUCACAGACAACAUCUACAACUAUUUCAACUAA